AGCCGCAGCGUGGGAAAGCGCUGCAGAGAUUCAUUUGGUUUGGUUGGCGCCGGCUUGGGAGGGAUAGGAGAACUUAAUCCAGAGGUGUCCAAAAGGGAAUACUCCCCCCCUCUCCUUUGAUUGGCAUUAUUUAUCUCCUGCUUUGAAAGCUGGAGUGUCUCCUUUAGCCACCAUGAAGCGGCCUUGCGAGGAAACUACCUCAGAGAGCGAUAUGGACGAGACUAUAGACGUAGGGAGCGAAAAUAAUUACUCCGGGCAUAGUGCCAGUUCUGUGAUCCGAUCAAAUUCUCCUACCACAACAUCACAGAUUAUGGCCAGGAAAAAAAGAAGAGGGAUUAUAGAGAAAAGGCGCCGAGAUCGUAUAAAUAACAGCUUAUCCGAACUGAGGCGGCUCGUGCCAACGGCAUUUGAAAAGCAAGGAUCUGCCAAAUUAGAAAAAGCAGAAAUCCUGCAAAUGACAGUCGAUCAUUUGAAGAUGCUCCAGGCGACAGGCGGGAAAGGUUAUUUUGAUGCGCAUGCUCUUGCCAUGGAUUUCAUUAGUAUUGGGUUUCGAGAAUGUUUAACUGAAGUUGCAAGAUAUCUGAGCUCUGUGGAAGGUCUGGACACAUCUGACCCUCUAAGAGUUAGGCUAGUCUCUCAUCUCAGCUCCUGUGCUUCUCAAAGGGAAGCUGCUGCGAUGACCUCGUCUAUGGCACACCACCAUCAUCCUGCACAUCCUCACUACUGGGCAGCAGCUUUCCACCAUCUCCCUACAGCUUUACUACAGCAGAAUGGACUACAUUCCUCUGACAUCUCUCCUUGCAGACUGUCAACAGCGUCAGAAGUGCCUCCCCAUGGAUCUGCUCUUCUCACAGCCACUUUUGCUCAUGCUGAUUCCACACUUAGAGUGCCCUCUGCUGGUAGCAUUGCUCCCUGCAUACCACCGCUUUCUACCUCUCUCCUUUCACUCUCUGCUACCGUACAUGCUGCAGCUGCAGCAGCUGCCCAGAGCUUCCCUCUGUCAUUCACUGGGGCAUUCCCAAUGCUGCCACCUAGUGCAGCAGCAGCUGUGGCUGCUGCAGCAGCAGUCAGUCCACCAUUGUCUGCAUCUGCAGCUUCCAGUUCUCAGCAAGCAAGCAGUAACGGAAACAGUAAACCUUACCGACCCUGGGGGACUGAAGUUGGAGCUUUUUGAAUCUUCCUUUCAUAAGUCUUCUUGGGAUGCUGUUGAGUUACAGCAGACAUUCCUUCACAAAAAUGUAGAUUGGUAACAGGUAAAGGUGCCCUAUGGAUGCCCAAAAACCAGACAGGAAACAACAAAAGUUUCCCCCCUUAAAGUGUCAAAUGGACAUGAGAUAUUUCUCCUUUUUUGCAUUAGGCAUCAUAUGGGACUGUGGUGAUAGUCAAAAUGAUCAUGACUACCAUGUAGGCAUUGCCCAAGAAAUGUAUAGAUUGUGGAUUGAAUCUUCUUGCCAUCCGCUUGUAGUUGUGGAGGGAGCUAUGAUUAUGCCUAAAACAGUUUUCAAGAAAGAUGAAUGCAAAAGUAAGUGCCUGACCUCUUCCAACUCUGAAGAGAAGACCAUGGUUGGGGAAUCAUGUUAUGAGAUCCAGAACAGGAUAUAAUUCUGAAACAGGGUGUACACCAUAAAGCUACAGGCUUCAAACCUUGGUAUAAUGGGAUUAAAGGAAUCUUAACUCUCUACAGGAUUGCCAUCUAAAGCAAUAAUCAAUAUGAUUUCUGAGGCUUUAUACAUUUACUUACCUAGCUCACUGUGGAGAUUUGUCAAGUGGUGAUAGGUAACAUAACAUUAAUAGAAAGUGCUGUUCUUUUCAGCACUUGGUUUUAUAAAAUACACACUUCAGGCCAUUUUCUUUUAAAAUUAUGUCCCUCAGAAUUUUUGUUCUGUACCAAGAGAUUGCACUUGGACAUGUUAAUAGCCAACAUGUCUGUUUCUCCUUUGGAAACUAAAACUUAGCAUCCUCCUGGCAGGAUACAAACUCUUUCUUCUCCUUUUUGGCACUUGUUGGGAAUUACUUUGUCACUAGGUAUUAAAGAAUAACUAUAGUGUGGCUAAGAGGACCCUUUUGGCUGACUCCCCCCCCCCCCACAAGUGCCAGUGCUGUCAUAUGUCUCUAGAUUCACAAUCCAAACAAAUCCGUUAGAGGAUGUAAGUUAUUUUACCACUACCUGGACAAGAAGUGCUGCAAAAAAAAAUUUUUUUUGCUUUUUAUUAUAGCAAUAUGAAAUAGCCUGAGUGUUUUAAUUCAUUGACUCAAGGGCUAGAGACUUUAUGUUGGGUGAGUGAUAAAUAAAGCACAGCAUGUAUUAUUAUGCACUUCAUUUCUCUGCUGUGUGGAGAAAGCAAUAAGCAUUGAGAAUGUUAAACAUUAUGCAAAGUAUACUUUUAAAAUAUUUGUUUUAAAAAUACUAUUGCUAAGUUGAGGGUGAGGGGGAAUUUGUGCAUUAUUUUGUUAACUGUUUUUCUAUGCAAAAAAACCCUUUACAUAUAACUAAUUAAAUGAAGUCCUUUUUGACUGA